UGAACACGAAAAUCAGUAAAAAGAAAAUGUAAUUUAAAACCCACAUCGAAUCUGACGUUUUUCUGUGAAUAACAUAGAACUUUAUAAACAAGAUUUUUUAUGGUUUUGAGGACUACAAUUAAAUAUUAACAGCUUUCAAGGUUUGUUGUUUAUUCAUUUGAUUUAUUAAUUCAUAUUUGCUGUAUGAUUUGAUCUGCAAGAUUGAAAAAAUAAGUCUUUCUAGUUUUUAUUUUUGACCAUAUGAAACUUGUUUAUAUAUUUUGGUUUGUUUACAAAUAAAUAUGAACUCAUCAUCAUCUUCGAAUCCGAAUAAUGGGUUUUCGGGUUUUAAUGAAAUGAAUCCAGUUUUAGGGUUUAAUUCUCCGGCUUUAACGGGUUCGGGUAAGAAUCUUUCAAGGCCAAGGCUUAUGAAGCUUAGGAAACAAACAAAUAGUUAUAAGUCUAAUAAUAAUGAUUACCCGAUUGAUAGUCGGGUUUUAGGGGCUGAUCAAGGUCUAGGGUUUAGCCAAUUUAGGGGUUCGGAAUCGGCGUUUGGGAAUUUGAGUUUUGGUUCUAAUGUUAUUGUUGAUGAUAUGUCAAAGUUGAAGAUAGACGACGAUAAACGUUAUGAUAAUGUGAUGAAAAAGGAAGGUGCAUUUGGUGAUGAUAGUUUGAUGGUUGAUGAAUUGCCCAAGGAAAUUAGUAAGAUGACGAUUGAAGGUGAAAGAAAUGUAGGAAAUGUAAAGAAUGAUAAUUUGCAGGAUUUUGGUAAAAGUGAUAAUAACGUGGCGGUUGAGAUUGAAAAUGAGAUGAAAAAUAUGAACCUUAAAGAUCAUAAGGAUGCAACAUUGUUUGGGUCGGAUACGUUUACAAGUACAUCUGAUAGAAUGGCUGAGUUUGCGUUUACAAGCAAAUUGGAUGAUAUAGGGGCUCCAUUUGUAGAGUUUAAAACACCCGACAUGAAGGGUAAUAUGUUUUCUGAAUUUAAUAGAUUUGAAGCUAGAAAAGAAUCGGUUAAAGAUAAUAAUAGGUUAAGGAAAAAGAAAGGGAAGUUGAAAACACCUGUUGUCGGUCCAUCAAGGGUUAGAGAAGGUUUUGGCUUUAGCCGAAGAAGUUUGUCGGGAAAUUCUGACACUUUUGAAGCCUACUCGCCGAUGGAUAUUUCUCCAUGUGAUCAAAAGCUAGCUAAUGAUAAUUACUCAAGAGAAGCUUCAGUGACAUCCGAUGAUGCACAAAAUCAUGAUCAAGUUGAUGGGUCGAGUGAACCACAUUUGGUAACCUCAAAUGUCACAACGGAUGAUGAAUCUGUUGGGCCUUACAUCAAUGAAGUUUCUGAGACGGAAAGCUAUAAGUCUGCAACUGAAAAUUUGGAAUACAGUAGUGAUGCUUCUGUUACUGGGCUAGAUUCUGAUGUGAGUUCAACUGCAACUUCCGGGAGGCAAGAAAGUGGGUUUAGUUUUGCUUCGAAAUCAGAAAAUGUAAGCGAGGGCAACUUUACGUUUGCUGCAUUGUCAUCUAGCCAAAGUCACCUUCCAUUAGAUAUCCGUCAUAAAAAGAAACUUCCCCUAAAAAUCGUUCGCGAUUCUUACAGUUCCAUGUCUGCAGAGUUAUUCCCAUUUUCGGGAAACUCUUCUAUUUUGUCUCCUGGGAAUGGCUUAACCGUUGAUUUAUCUACAUCACAUAAAACGAAGUAUAACAUCAUCCCAGUAAGUGAACAAGAUUUUAGGCAUGAAAAUGUCAUUGCUAUGUCUUCCAGUAAAUUAGCAGAGGAAGCCUGCGAGAAAUGGCGACUGAGGGGAAACCAAGCUUAUAGUAAUGGCGAUCUAGCAAAAGCGGAUGAUUGUUACACACAAGGAAUAAAUUCUGUACCUCAAAAUGAGAAAUCUAGAAACUGCCUUAGGGCUUUGAUGCUGUGCUAUAGCAAUCGUGCAGCAACUAGGAUUUCACUUAGAAGGAUGAAAGAAGCUUUAAGCGACUGUCUCAUGGCUGACAAAAUAGAUCCCAACUUUCUCAAGGUCCAAGUUCGAGCUGCACACUGUUACCUUGCUAUGGGUGAAACUGAAAACGCAAAAAAGCAGUAUAUGAAGUGCUUGCAAUCUAGAACCAAUAGUAGUGUGGACAAGAAAGUAAUAGUAGAGGCCUCUGAGGGGCUGGAAAAGACACAGAAAGUGCUGGAGUGCAUUAACCAAUGCACGGAUCUUUUUCAAAGACGAGCUUCUGAAGAUCUUGAAUGUGUGUUGAGAGUUAUUAGUGAAGCGUUGCAGAUAAGCACUUGCUCAGAGAAAUUGCUUCAGAUGAAAGCAGAAGCACUUUUCAUGAUGCGGAGGUAUGAACAAGUGAUUCAGGUGUGCGAGCACACUCUUGCUUCUGAUGAAGUGAACACGUCUACAAACUCAUGGAGACCACAUCUUAUUGUUAAAGCCUACUUUUAUUUAGGAAGGCUAGAUGAUGCUCUCGAAUAUAUCAACAAACACGAGAAUUCAGGCUUUAAUUCUGAGAGGGUAGGAAAUACAAGUCAGGAAUCAGCAAUUCCUUUAGCUGAUAAAAUACGUGAGCUUUUAUCUCAUAAGACAGCAGGAAAUGAAGCAUACAAAUCAGGAAAGCAUGCAGAAGCAGUUGAACAUUACACUGCUGCUUUAUCAUGCAAUGUUGAAUCUCGUCCAUUUGCAUCAGUAUGUUAUUGCAACCAGGCUGCAGCAUACAGAUGCUUGGGUCAAAUAACAGAUGCCAUUGCAGAUUGCAGUUUAGCUAUAGCCCUCGAUUCAAACUAUCUUAAGGCAGUAUCUAGACGAGCCAGCUUAUAUGAGUUGAUUAGAGACUAUGGUCAGGCACUAAAAGAUCUACAGAGAGUGGUCUCUCUUCUAACAACACAGAUGAAAGAAAAGAGUGAUCUAUCUGGAGCGUCAGAGAAAUUAAGCCUUGUGAACGAGCUCAAGCAAACUCAACUACAGCUUGCUAAUGUUGAAGAACAAUCCAGAAAGGGAAUCCCGUUAAAUAUGUACAUCAUAUUGGGAGUUGAAUCAACUGCUUCUGGCCCAGAUAUUAAAAAGGCAUAUAGGAAAGCUGCACUCAGACAUCAUCCAGAUAAGGCUGCGCAGUCACUCGUUAGAAGUGAUGAUGGAGAUGAUGGGCUAUGGAAGGAAAUUGCUGAAAAUGUCCACAAAGAUGGCGAUAGGCUUUUCAAAAUGAUUGGAGAAGCAUAUGCUGUUCUUUCCAACCCUUCCAAGAGGGCACAAUACGAUGAAGAUGAAGAGAGAAGAAAUGAAGCCAGUAGAUUUACUAGAAGCAACUCAUCAAGAAUGGCUACAGAUGUCCAAAAUUCUGUAUUCGAGCGAAGUGGGAGCCGGCGUCACUGGCAAGAUUCUCAGAGGUAUUCAAAGUACUUCUAAUGGGUUUCUCUAAAGAAGUCUGGCACUGAGCAAUAUAGUCCAAACGUUGAGUGUACAAGUCUAACAUGCAUAGCAAUUAAGGUUUCGGAAACAAAAACGACUUUGGGGAUGUAUAAAAGAAGUCCGGUGAAAGUGUCCAGGGCUCUUACCGGUCUUUAAGGUUGAGAAUCUGGCGGGUGGCUUCAAUUUAGCGAGUACAUGUUGUGUGUAUUACAAUGUUAGUAAAAUUACUAACACAAAUCAGGUUAUAUUGGUCAACAAAAGGGUUGUUGACCGACUUGUACCUUUGACCGAGACAGGUAUGCUGUACUGAUGCAUUAUGGGUUUACUGGUAAGCCUUCAUUUUAGAAGAUGUGUGGUGUGCAUAUGCAUUGUAUUGUAUUUUGAGUUUGUACAGUUUCCAGGCACUGGAACACGAGCAGAUUUUAUUUAUUUAUUAUUUUUAUUUAUUAAAUUUUCAAGGGCAUGCGAGUGAUUUGGCAUUUUUGCUAAACAAUAACAUUAUUGUGUAAAUUAAUAAAUAUCAUAUAGUAGCAUAUUGUUUUUUUUUUGUA